GCGAGCAGGACACCAAACGCGGAGGCUGACAUAUCCUGUGGCCAGGACUUUGGGGAACCAGGAACCCAGGCUUUAGAACCCAUAGCUUUUCUAACUUUCCCGGCCAAGGUGUGCGUGUGCGCGAGUGUGGGUAUCCUGGCCGCCUCGCUGUGUGUGUGUGUGCGUGUGUGUGUCGGUGUGUUGGCCAACACCAAACAAAAGCCAAAAUAAGUGACGAAUAAAUUUAAAUCCGCGCGCCUAACACACGCUACCUGAGAAUAUACAUUUUUAACCCACUAAAUACUACUCAAAAUUUGAAAGCAACAAAUAUUUUGAAUCCAGGGCUGGGCUCCAACCACGCAGCCCGAUUUGAAAUCGAAAGCCAAAAAACCGAAUGCACAACAAAUCGAGCAGCAUGAUGCCGACUUCGCGCUGAUGAUGAUUUAGAUGGAAAAGGAUCUGGAACUACAAAUGUAGCCAUUGCCCUAGCAGAAUUCCCCAUCCUGAACCGCAGAUGAAGCUAAAGGCGGUGGCAGCAGAACGGAAAUGAAAUCAAAUCGCACAGGAGCAGCUGCAGCCGGCGGCAAUAAUAACGUUUGUGAAUUAUGGCCAAAGUUAAUUAAAAGCCAAGAGUGGAACUAGAGCUGCACAUAAAUCAAUCCGGAUCGAGAGCAGGCACAACAUGUAGAACUGGAGUGCCAAUAUCCCCCAUGUCAAUGCCUAUUUACAUGGCCAAUGAAAAAUGGCCCUCAGAGGACAGAAUACACAAGAGCAUGGCCAAGAGAAACGAAAACAAUCCAAAUCGAAAUGACUUAAACCGGCUUACCAGCGAGCAGAACAAAGCGAACAUAACGUAUACGCAACGUCCAACACGGCGGAUGCAUGAUUAAUUGCACUUUAAAUACACACGGAAAACGACGAACGCAAAACCAAUUCUCAACCAAACAAAAACGCAGUAAAAAAGCCGUCAAAAUGUUGCCAACAAAUGUGAUGUCAUUCAUGAAGAAGAUGGUGGCCACCGAUGAGCAGGCCAGCGAACGGCAGCAACAUGCGGCGGAUUCCGGGGGCGGGGCCACCCAAACGGGGGCCCUGAACAAGAUGAAGGCCACGAUUUCCUCCUCGCUGCUCACCGUCACAGACAAAGUUAAUAAAAUGUCGCCACGCCCCUCGUUGGUGCCGACGGAGGCGGAUACCAGCGGCAGUUACGGCUCGCCCAGCUAUCAAAGCCAGCAGCAAAUGCAGCAGGAGUCCGGCGGCAGUCUGAAUAACAACAACAAUAACAGCAGCAGCUCGGCGACCACGGGCGGAGGCGGAGGGGGCGGGGCGGCGGCCAAACAGGAGCCAGGACGAAGGGCGGGCGCCUGCAGGGUGUGCCUCAAGUCCUUCAAGCCGGACGACUACCACAAGACGUGCUUCGAGUGCCAGCAGCGGGUGUGCGAGGACUGCGCCAGCUACAGCAAACUGGACGAGCACGAGGAUGCGACCAUGUGGCGCUGCAGCGUGUGCCGCCGGAAAAUGGCCUCGCGUGUGUGCAUUCCGCAGGACUCGACGGACUCCAUGCUGGACGUCCCGGUGCUGGAGGCACUGCAGCGGCGCCACUCGGACGCCAAGUUGGGCAGCAGCACGCAGACGCUGGCGCCCAGCAACGGAGCAGCCCUCGCCCCGCCGAGAAGUCCCGAGUUGCGGCGCCACUCCGACGUAUCGCCAGCCUCGCUCAAGGAGUUGGAACGGCAACUGAAAGGCGGCCGCAGCAUGGCGCCCAGUCGCUCCAACAGUCCGCCGAGGGGCGAUGGCGCGGAUGGACAGCCCCUCGGGGCGCCCCUGUCCCGCAUGCAGUCGCGGAGGGGGUCGCGGGUGGCCCGGCAGCACAGCUACGACGACGACAUGAAGACCGGCCCCGUGGGCGGCAGCAUGGGCGGCGGGGGACCGGCGCUGGGACUGGGGGCAGAUGGAGCGGGCCUGGGCAUUCCGGCCAUGCCGCGCAGGAAAUCCGCCUACGAUGUGUUCGCCCCCGGGUUGACGCAGGGUGGCGCCACACCUGCGCUGCAGCGGUCUCCGGGCGAAGGCGGCAUCAUGCCCCCCAUCCAGCUGCCCGGGUCGCGGAGACCCUCGUUCCGGGUGCCACAUCCCUCGGAGGACAUCCAGAACGACGACUCCCCAGGAUCGCCGGACAAGGGCAGUCCCGUGCUGACCGUCGACGACGACCGGAGGAUGCGGCGACGCGGCUCGCAGCUACCCGACAUAGCGAUGCUGCAAAAUCGCGGAGCUCUGCCGGCGGUACCGCCCUCCGCGAUUCCGCCGCCCAUGGCCUCGUUCACGGGCCCCAAUCUCGAGGAUUUGGAGGCGCCACGGCGGCAGACAUCAAUGGACGGCGAGGCCAUAAGGAUCGUAAUACACGACGUGGAUUCGGGUCCGAUUUGUGCAUCUAAGCGGCGCAUCAUUCUGCGCCGGGAUCCCACGGACAAGGCGCACCGCACACGUGGUUUUGGGAUGCGCGUCGUCGGCGGAAAAACCGGAGCCGAUGGCCGUCUGUUCGCCUACAUUGUGUGGACCGUUCCAGGAGGAGCCGCCGAGAAGAAUGGCCUGCAGCAGGGCGACAAGAUACUCGAGUGGAACGGAAUGUCCCUGAUUGACCGGAGUUUCGAGGAGGUGUGCUCCAUCAUGGACCGAACCGGGGACAUUGUAGAGCUUCUGGUGGAGCAUGCCACGGAUUUCCGGAUGUGCGAUCUGUUCGACGAGAACCUGCCACCAGGCAAUGCCGGUGGUCAGAGUGGACCUCGGCGGUCCGGAGACGGACCCGUCGGCCUCGGCCUCAUAGCAGAGCCCGAAACCACCACAGACAAAUCACCAGCAUCGCCAACUAGACGGAAAUUACCAAAAACUCCGGAGCAAAUUGCCCGCGAGAAGAUGGUCACCGGAAGGGUCCAGAUCCAGGUCUGGUACCAUGCGGAGCGCAACGAGCUGGUGGUCUCCUUGAUGGCCGGCGAUGACCUGGCUCUCCGGGAUGAGGCCUACGGACAUGGCAAUCUUCCCGAGGCGUACGCCAAGGUCCGCAUCCUGCCCAAGUGCGGAGAUGGCAGCGUGCAGCAGACGGAGGUCAGCCGACCCACUCAGAAUCCCAUUUGGAACGCCACCCUGACCUUCGGUCAUGUGAAGGCCGACACCUUGAUGGAUCGCUACAUAGACAUACAGCUGUGGGACUUGGUGCCCCACACGGAGUCCAUUUUCCUGGGCGAGUGCUCAAUUGAGUUGCAGCAGGCCUUUCUCGACGACCAGGCCAUCUGGUGUCGGUUGGAUGAUAUGAAGGGUUUGCGUGGCAUUAGCAUCAGCAAGUCGCCAAGUGUUUCGCCGAGGGGCUCCAUUGCAGCCGGAGCAGGAGCACCCAGUGGCGAUGUGACCCGACUCCUUCGUCGCGACUACAACAUGCAGCGCUCCAACUCCGAUGAUGUAGACUCCAUCGGAGAUGGAACCUCGCUGCUGCAUCCCGAUCACGCCUGGAUAGCCGGCUCGCGACGCGGUUCCUCACAGUCGGAGACAAUGGAGGUGGAGGUCUACCAGCUGGGCAAGGACUUCUCGCGCUCAUUGCCGGGCUCGCGUCGAUCGAGCUUCCAGGAUGCCGAGAAGAAUCGGCUGGAGGAGGACGCCAUGGCCACGCCGCCCACCUCUUAUCUGGUGGGCCGGCGCCGUUCGUCCGUGGCUCGACGCGAUCCGGAUGAGAUCUUGAAAUCCUUGAAGGCUGUCCGCGGCGAGCUGGGGCGCACCAUGAGUCUGGGCACCGAGCAGCACAAACGCAUGGGAUCGAGACGUGCCAGUCGCGUUGGAUUGCCGAGCGGACCCAAUAGCCGCAAGAGUUCCGUCUUGGAUUUGUCGCAGCAGCAGCAGCAGCAGUUGCAGCAGCUCCAGCAGUUGCAGUUGCAGCAGCAGCAGUACCUGCAGCAGCAUCUGCCCCUGGGCGUGGCCAAUGCCGACACCAGUCCGCCGUCCGAGGACGAGGACAGGCGGUACAGGCCGCGCUGGAAGGGAUCAGGAAGCCAGCUGCCGCCGCAGAGUCCCAAGCAGGUGCUUUCCCGGCUCAAACAGGCCGCCUCCGUGUCGAAUGUGGCCCAGGAUUCCAGUCGGCAGGGGCAACUGCUGGCCACCAGCCAGAUGCAGCAGCGCAAGAGCAGCAUGUUCCAGUUGGGUGACAGCCAGGCUCCCACUCCGACCACCACCACCACGUUGCAGCGGAAGGGCAGCAUGUAUGUGGCCAAGGUCACCGAAACCCCGCCCCUGGGCACGCCCACCCGCAAGGGCAGUGUUUAUCAGAGGAGCGGCGUGGGCUUGGGUGUGGAUAGCCCUGGACCAGAUAGUCCGCAGAGGAAGCAGAGCGUGGUCAAGACCCUCAGUGGGAGCUAUGUCAACAUGCCCGCUCUCACGGGCGGAGAGUCCAGCUAUGGACUUAAGCUGGGUCCAUCGCAGAUCCACCCCAAGGGCUACCGCCUGACCACCGCGAGGUACGGGGAACUUAAGAUGGGAUUCGUCAAGAUCAAAGGGAACGUGGAGGUGGAGCUAAUCUGCGCCCGUAAUAUUGUCAACGAGGACUGCGAGACUCCGCCGGAUACGUACGUGAAGUGCUACAUCAAGGACGGGGACCGGCUGCGGCACAAGAAGAAAACGCGGGUGGUGCGCCACGCGGCGGAGCCCCUCUACCGGCAGACCAUUAAGUACCAGAGCUCGGACGUCUUUGGUCGGAACAUCGUCAUCAUGGUGUGGCAGCGGUGCGUGGGCUUCGAGCACAACCAGGGAUUGGGUGGCACGGAGGUGAACCUGGACAAGGUGAGCAUCGGGCAGCCCAUCAACGGAUGGUAUCCACUAUUCCCGAUGCACAGCUACGGCGGCUCCGACUCGGACAACUCUCCCUGACCGAACAACCCAGCAGUCAUCCCAAUCCACAGGCAGUGCCGGAAUCCCAAGGAGUCGGAGAUUACGUCACUGCAAGCUCAAUUUGUUAGCGCCUAAGAUAUGGACACCGUAUAUAUAUUGAUAUAUUGUUACCCCGACAUAUCCCCCAUUAAGGCAUUACGUCCCCUGUAUGUAUUAGUUAUAGUCAAAUGAGCUUAGCACGGGCUGGCAGGUGGAAUCGGUCGGGUUAUGUUACACUAAAUACCAUAUACCAUAUAUAAUACAUUCGUGGUGAGAGAGCUUUGUAAGUAAGGUACACAGGUAAGGCAGCACUAAAUCGGGGAAAACCAAUAUCAGACAGCACAAUAAUGAGGAAUCAGAGUACCAGAAGCAUAUAUACACACGCUUAUAUAUUUUUGCUUGUUGUGUUUGUGAAAGUUUAAUGUAGUUCGCAUUUGAAAGUGAGGAAUGGAGAUUGGAGAAUGGAAGCGAAACGGGCACCAAAACAAUAAUGUUGAAAUUUCGAGGCAACGAAGAGAGAGGGAUUUAAAGCUUGCUAGCUAACCAAGACAUAUAUCCGAAUAAGUGUUAAUUAAAUGUUGCGCCAAUAAAACCAAAUAGGCUAGCCCCAACUAUCUGAACAGCUGAAAACCCCGCCAAGGUUUCAACUGCUCCACAAACACGAAAUCCGAACUUCUAAAAAAAAGGAUCUAUAAAUCUGAGGCUCUAACAAUCUGAUUAUCUACAAAUUGAAUAACCCAAAAUUUGAAAAUCUAAAAACUGAACGAAAGAUAUCUAGUUUAAAUCGACAAUCUUUGUGGGUGUGUGCUUGUGUGGAUGUGAGAAUUGAGUGCGAUUAAAGCGUGAUUAAGACGAAUUUACUGUAGUCAUUUUAUGGUAGGGCAUUGAUUGCAACACAGCAGAUUAAAGACACCCCCUCUUCCUAUUUUUCCCCACAUUUCCACCCGUUUUUCAAACUCUCCAGACGCUUUUAGCAGCCACACAAAAACAGGACAAUCUCGUGUAAUGAAAAAAAGUGAAAAAUUUACAUUUUCGGAACUUGUGUAUAAAUCUAAUAUCUAAUAUCUUAUAUCAACGUUCAGCCUAACGACUUGGAGUUUCAAACUAAAGUUACAAACACAUAGAUUUAUUUAUACAACGCUUACACUUGAGUCGUAUUGCCUAGAGUACUUAAGCUGCAGCAAAGAUUGUGGAACUUUUACUGUCCUAAACACUUUUAACGCCAGUUACGGUACCUAAAAAUGUCCUUAAGCUGAGAACCAUUUCUUGUGUGAAAGCUUAACGACUCUUUAACCGUUACGGCAACUAUAUAGUCUCUAUAUCUGUAUCUGUAUCUGUUUCAAGGGCAGCUGCGGGCUUUUCUUAUUGUUAGAUGUUGCUUUAAAAAAAACCCUAAGAAAAAUACUUAGUACCAGAUAAUCCAUUGUUGUAUCUUGUAAGUACUUGGUAGUUGUCAAGGUAGUCAGGGUAAAAGUGGAACACACAAAGAUAUUCCUGUUUCUUCGGUUGGCUAAUUACUCUUCACAAUCUGGCUGUUGUUUUAUAUACGUAGUUGGGUAACGAAAACUAAAAUGGUUGUGCUAUCUCAAAAUUAAAACUACUUACUAAUGUUCAGCGCGUUGAACUGCUGCUAUCAACUACUCUUAGGUAUUUUUGGUCUUUUCUACUAAACUCUUAACUCUAAUCCUACGACUACUAUUACUUAUUGUACUUGGCCGAAUGUUGGUAUCGAGUACUUUGAAUACUGUAAAAAUGACACCAUAUCAGCGUGUAGCGUUGGGCAGGAACAGGAAUCUGGGGAGGAUUGCGCUUUAAAAGUGCAGAGUGGGCUAUAGCAAGGCUUAUAAGAACACAAAUCUACUACUUGUUAAAAUAAUAAUUAGCCAUUACCUGCGUACACUAUGUAAAACAAUAUACACAGAUGUGAACUAUAUGAAUAUGAACGUACAUAUUAUAAAUAUAUAUUAUUAUAUUUAAAAUAACUGUAGAAAAA